AAGAGUAAAGGCUGCUGUGAAGUAGCAGUGAGUGCUGCUUCCACUGCUUUAUAUGCUUUAUAUAUAUAUAUAUAUAUCUGUAUUUGCGUGAGUGAUUUGCUUCGCUUCGAUAUAUAGUUAAAAAAGAAGAAAGAAUUGUCGAUCUCUGUGUAACGGCUACUUUAAGCGUAUUGUUGAAGGAGUGAAGGCUUGAGAUUAAGGGGGGAAGGGUGUCAUUUGAUUCAGUUUUUGAAGAGAAACAGAAGAAAAUGGAUUACAACUAUGAUCGGGAGCCUUGGAAUUGGCAUGACGAGAAUUAUGGUGUUCAAAAGGACAACGAUUUUGGUGCUUCUCAAGGUGCAUGGACUCAAGUGACCUUGAACGAAGAAGACCUUUCCUACAUGUUUGACGAAACAACCCCUGUUAAGGAAUGCGGGGAUCUGUCAUACCGUGUCACUCAUAAUGAUAAUAUGAGUAAGGAAUCAGAGGAUAUUAGGGAGAGUGCUUCUCAAUUUAAAAGACGUAGAAUGCUUCAAUUCGACUCUCAUGCAGCAGAUUCUUCCCUUGUGUGUGACGAGAUGCCUUCUGCUUUCCUGAAAUCAAGGGAAAGGGAUGGCUUCAUUGAAGAGGUCUUACCCGAUGCAUCUGAGUGGGUUGCCGGAUUUUCAGAAGAUGCAUCAGACUCCGGUUAUGAUGGCAUAGAUCAGUCAUGUGAAGGGUGGCUUGCUGAAUAUUUUAAUGAGACGGAGAUGCUUCUGAGCUCUGAUGAUAUGAAUCUUACUGGUGCAUCUGAUGUUCAAGUUGAUACUUCAGGGUUCUACCAUGCCCAACCUGACUCUGGGGCUGAUGCUAUUCGAAAGCAGGAAACUCGAACUCUUGGAAAUGUUAUUCUCAAAGGUCGGAAGUCUUUCAUUCGGAUGCCCCCUAAGGUAGCAUCAGCUGUCGCGUACCCAUUUGCUUUCAUUAAACCCUGUGGUGUCCACGGAGAUGUUACUUUGAAGGAUAUAAACCAGCGAAUCCAAACUCCACCACCAGCAAAACCAAAACAAAGCAAUGAAGAUCUUGCCGACGCUUUCCCUACUUCUGCUUUUUCCGGGAAGCCUGUUGUUGGCAAAACUAAAAUUCGUACCGAAGGAGGAAAAGGCAGCAUCACAAUUAUGAGAACCAAAGGCUGAGUAGAUAAGUGUGCUUCUGAGCUUUUCUUCCCCUUCUUCCAUAGCCCUUUUCUCUCUCUUUGUUAAGUAUGGUGGUUCCUGUAUCAUUCCCGGGUCCGACGAGUAUAAAGGAGGCCGAUACUGCAUUUUUUUUAUCGGACUCCUGGAAUUCAUAGAACACAUCAAAGUGUUUUAUGUUUCCAAAUAGUAUUCUGCAUAUGUAGUAUUUGCCAAGUAUAUGCUUUAUUUUUUUAGGCUAUAAAUGACGUGACAUUCGAGAUCAACUUAUUUUCUUUCGGUUUCGGAAAAGACCUAAUCAA